AUGUUGAUGAGCCAGCCCGUGCGCUCGCCAGGCUCCGUGGGCCGCUCGAAGCCGAACAGUGUGUCCAGCCGCUCCGUGCGCUGCGAGCGCUCCAGGCGCUUGAGGGAGGACAGCGAGGAGCCAUCGUCCCUGCAGGACGCCGCGCCGCCAGCCGCCGCCCAGUCCCCCACGGAGGCAGAGCGGUUUCUGGCGCAGGCGGAACGGGUGCCUGCGGUGCCCGGCCAGAGCAGAGGGACGCCCGGGGCCGCGCGCUCCUGCGAGUGCAAGGCCGUCGUGGAGCUGGUGCUCGUGCCCCUGGCUCACCACCACACGGCAAUGGGCAACGAUGCCAGAGCCCUCUACUACCUGCUGGAGAGCGCGGCUGCCUGCUUGCACGUCUCCGACAACUACCUGGCCUUCACGAGCCUGCGCAAAGCAGAGGCCCUGAGGAGCUCGGCGGCUCAGAAAGCCCCGGUGCCGGCCUGCUUUGAAGAAGCCACCUUCCUGAGCCUGCAAGGGGAGGUGUGCUACAACGUGGGACGCGUGGAGCUGGCCAAGACGACCCUCAGGAAGGCGCUGAGCCUGCUGGGCCGGAAAUUCCCGGGCACCUCGGCUGGCGCCUUCUUUCAGCUCCUGCUGGAGCAGUCGGCGCACGCCUCUCACCAGAAGAGCAGAGGCUCCUGCCCUCCCGCAGAGGCGGGGACGGAGAGGCUGCCCUGGCUGUUCCAGCAGAGCCGCUGCCUUUCCUUGCUGCGGCAGCUCUUCAGCCUGGAGAACACUUCCAGCGGCCGGAGGCUCUCGCUCCUCGCAGCGCUCAUGAGGGUCAACGCGGCCGAGGAGUCCGAGGACGCGAGUCACAUCCUCGCGUCCUACCUGGAAUAUGUGCAGUGCUGCCAGGAGCUGGGCCGCCAGGAGGAGCGGCUGGAGAGCGGGCGGUGCACGGAGCUGGAGAAGCCCGACCUGGACCGGGAGCUUCCAGGCACGCUCUUCACGGCGCUCUUUCUCCAGAUGAGGUAA